UGGGUGGGAACAACGCGGAGGCUACUACCACGAAGUCUUGGUGGGGUGUGUGGGUGUGUGCGGAGCGCGUGGGGAUAAAUAGGAGCCUCUCUGCUCCCAGCUACACUCCCCCAGCGGCCAGUAGCCCGCCCGCCCUGGGGUUUGCUGCCCUGUAACCAGGGUGCCAACCUGAAAAGCAGUUUCAUUUCCUUUUGCCUCCCGGGUAGUUUCGGGCACCCUAUUUGACGCUGGUGGCACAGGAAGGGGGCUCAGGAGGAGGCGGGGGACUCGGCCUGACAGAGCGAGGUUGAUGGACCGGGCCGCCGCAGGCAGCGGCGCCAGCUCCCAUCCCCUGCUCCUGACCCUCGCCCUGGGUCUAGUGAUCUUCCACUGUGUUGUGGCAGAUGGGAACUCAACCAGAAGUCCUGAACAUGAUGGCCUUUUUUCUGGAGGUUCCAGUCAGAACUGCACAGCUGCUACCACACAAUCCAAACAGAAAGGCCACUUCUCUAGGUGCCCCAAGCCAUACAAGCACUACUGCAUCAACGGGAGAUGUCGCUUUGUGGUGGCUGAGCAGAAGCCCUCCUGUGUUUGUGAUGAUGGCUAUGCUGGAGCAAGAUGUGAAAGAGUUGAUGUGUUUUACCUAAGAGGAGAUAGAGGGCAGAUUUUGGUGAUUUGUUUGAUAGCAGUUAUGGUAAUUUUUAUCAUUUUGGUGAUUGGUGUCUGUACAUGUUGUCAUCCUCUUAGGAAACACCAUAAAAGAAAGAAAAAAGAAGAAGAAAUGGAAACUCUGGGUAAAGAUAUAUCUCCAAAUAAUGAAGAUAUACAAGAGACUAGUAUUGCUUAAUGGUUAUGAAGGUACUCCCAGGCUGAUGGCAAGCUAAAAAUGCCUCAUUCUUUUGAAAAUGGACAGACUUUGCCUCAGGAAAAUAGCUAGCAGAAAUGAAUUUUAAAUGAUGUAUUUUUUGUUUGUAAUGUUAAUAAUGUUUACUACUGUUUUAUAAUAGUAACAGGUAAUGUAAUUAUUGUUUGACAAUUGGGGGAAAACACAUUGUUAAAUAGGGAAUUUUUUUUAAAAUUUCUUUUUUGGGGAAUUAGUGUUUUACAUUCGACAGUAAAUACAAUAGUUUGUACAUGCAUAACAUUUCCCGGUUUUCCAUUUAACAAUACAACCCCCA